AUGACAAAUCUUCUGCUACCCUUGGGACCUAGCUUAGAAACACAGAUGGUGGAAGAUGAAACUGAGACAACAAGUGAAGAAGAACUGCCUCCUCAUCUGCGGGAAGAGCCUCCCGAAGAUGCCAGCAAGGACCAUCCGCAGCAGCAGGCAGGGGUGAUCUGGAGAGUGACAGGCGGCCUGUUCAGUAUCACCCGGGGAGCCGUCGGGGCCACACUGGGAGGAGUUGCCUGGGUGGGCAGCAAGAGCCUGGAGCUCACCAAAACAGCUGUGACCAGCGUCCCCGCUGCUGGCGUCGGACUGGUGAAGGGCAGCGUCUCAGCAGUGACCGGCGGCGUCGGAGCCGUGGGCAGUGCGGUCGCCAGCAAAGUCCCUUUCACCACAAAAAAGAAGGACAAGGCUGACUAA